UGUUUGUUGUGCGUUGUCUUGACAACGUAAACAAGGUUUGCCACUUGCUGUGAAAAUAUGCUCAGUACGAAGGAUGUGAAGAGACUAGCAGAGUUGCUGAAAACAGAAGAUCAUGAAUCUGACAGCGACGAUGACUUACCAAAAUCUGGUCUCGCUCGAUUAGGCCCCGGUGACGUCGGUCCCACAAAGAAACAAACCGGUGGCUCAACUGCCGGUGACAAAAAGAAGAGCACUGACGUGAAAGCUGUCGAUGGAAGAGGCGACGCGGAGAUCUGUCUUGAUCAGAAGGCCAUCUGGAGCGACGACGAGGUGGUCGAAGUGGACGACAUGGAGGACCCCCGAGAAGAGCCGCGCUACCACUUCUCUUACCGGCAGGACGUGGGGGCGGAAGACGUCUACCUGCAGUUGGGCCCGCGCUCCCCGGCGACGGCGAGUUGCGAGUGGCUGGUGUUGGAGGUGUGGCUGGAGGGCGAGCGCCGCUGUGACGUCGACGUGUCGCUGCAGCCGCAGCGGCUGGAACUGCGCUCGCCUCGCUACCGCCUGUCGCUGGCCCUGCCGCAGCCCGUGCUCCCAGACAGCAGCGCCGCUACCUGGGACCCCGACAACUGCGUGCUCAAACUGCGCAUGCGCAUGUCACGCGAACUGGAUUUCGUCAACUUCUAG